AUGCGUUGGCGGCUGCCGGGCGCCCGUUCGACCCUCCCCGCCAGCGUCGCCCUCCUCCUGCUCCCAACUCUGGUCGCUCCGCAGCAGCAACCAGAGCUCCAUGAUUCGGCUUCACCCUCUCGAGUCUCCGUGCCCUUGGCGGCCGGGACAGACACAACACACCAUGCGGCCACUAUAGCCGCUCCUCCCAUCGUCAAAUCCAACGAUGCGAGCGCCCUGGCAACUCUGGCUCUGGCGGGCUCUGGCCGCGCCGUUCGAGCCCCUCCUAGCCAGGCCAGCACCUCUGCCGGCCUGGUUUCGCAGCUUAACGCGCGGUCCUUGCAGGACUGGGAGGUUGAGGACUUUGUCUUGAUGGCGACCGUCGACGGAACCCUUCACGCCCGAGACCGGAAGACCGGUUCUCCCCGCUGGGCCCUGGAGGUUCCCAGCAGCCCCUUGGUUGAAAGUAUCUACCACCGGGCUAAUCGAUCCAGUUCUAGCUUCGACGAGACACACCCGGAGGAAGAUUUUCUGUGGAUCGUUGAGCCAAGCCAGGACGGUAGCUUGUAUAUCUACAGCCCCGGAGAAAAUGCCGGGCUACAAAAACUCGGCCUCACAGUUAAGCAACUAGUCGACGAAACGCCCUACUCCGGUUACGAACCUGCUGUGACGUACACCGCCCGCAAAGAAACAACCCUCUACACGAUUGAUGCUCGGACCGGUAGCAUUAUUCGAGUGUUUAGCUCGCGGGGACCCUUCGCCACUAGACACGAGUGCCAGAAAGUCAAUGGGCAGGACUUGGACUCGGACGACGAGGAGUGCGAGACAACCUCUGGUACGCUGGUACUGGGUCGUGUCGAAUAUGCAGUGGCCAUUCAAAAUACCGAAACCGGUGACCCAAUUUGCACAUUGAAGUAUUCUGAAUGGGCACCAAAUAAUCGCGAUAUCGAUCUCCAGGGCCAGUAUCUCCAAACCAUGGACCAAAGCCAUAUUUACAGCAUGUACGAUGGUGUUGUAUUGGGAUUUGAUCACUCUAGGAUGGAUCGGCCCCGUUAUACGCAACGAUUCUCCUCCCCUGUGGCUCGCGUGUUUGACGUGGUACGCCAGCGCCCUACCAGUAAAGAAAAACGAGAUGCAUCGACACCAUUGGUUCUGCUUUCGCAGCCACUUCAGCCUCCCGACCCAGACUACGCCUCGGAUGAUCGGGACCAGCGGGUUUUCAUCGACUCCACCGCGGCUGGGGGGGUGUGCUAUAACAAGGAUUUCUUUCGCCGAGGCCAGCCCCUGAUGAGUCUCACCCAACCUCAACAGCGCGAUGCACUCGCUGGUGUUCACUCGCUGAGCGGCCCGACCGUUGUCCCACCUGUUCCCCGGAUCGCAAGCACUCCCGAAGUAUCCAACGAUACCCCAAGAGAUGUCCUGCGAUCGGAAUUGGCGCUUCCUCCUGCCCUGCGACACAGUACAAUCAUUCGCAAGAGUUGGGACAAUGCUCUAGACAUUGUUGUGACAAUGAUCCUGCUGUUUAUCGGCACUUUCAUCUACUUGAAUUCCCACCAUAUUCGUGACCUUGCCAAGCAGAAGCUUGAUUUGAAGAAUAUUAUCAACUCCAAUGACAAGUCGUUUUCCACUCCUGCCACACCGAUUGUUGGCGCGACGCCUGACAUAAAGCGGACAUCGACUCCUGUUCGAGAUGCCACGGCUGGAUUAGUGCCAGAGGUCACUGUCGACCAUGUUGAUGUCGACAUGAGAAACAACUUCUCUGACAAUGAUGCCACCCCACGGCCAUCCCGGGAUCAGAGCAAGCCGCCAGACUCGGGGCCCCGUGUGCAAAUUCGCGAACCAUCUCGUGGCCCUGAUGAAGGAGAUGACAAGCAAGAAAAUGACAAGCCCAAGAAGAAGCGUUCUCGAGGCUCACGAGGUGGCAAGGCACAUCGUCGCAAGGGUGCCAAACCCGCAAGUGAGAACGGAGCGAAUGAGCAGAAUAACCAAUUGACGCCCAACGCCUCGAUCCAUUCAGACCACGGCGUUCCCCUCACUCGCACUGUGUCAAGCGAUGUUGUCGACAUGACUGCUGAUGGCGUAGUCCGCAUUGGUCGCUUGGAGGUGUUCACUGAUGUUGUGCUGGGCCAUGGUAGCCACGGCACUGUUGUCUACCGGGGUGUCUUUGAUGGCCGAAAUGUCGCAAUCAAGAGAAUGCUGAUGGAAUUUUAUGAUAUCGCCUCUCAUGAAGUUGGAUUGCUGCAGGAGAGUGAUGAUCACCACAAUGUCAUUCGCUACUUUUGCCGUGAACAAGCCGCAGGUUUCCUAUACAUUGGCUUGGAACUCUGCCCCGCUUCUCUCCAGGAUAUCAUUGAAAGACCUUCCCAGUUCCCUGAGUUGAUUCAAAGCGGUCUCGAUAUGCCGGAUGUUCUCCGCCAAAUCACACAGGGUGUGCGUUAUCUUCACUCUCUCAAGAUUGUGCAUCGUGAUCUCAAACCCCAGAAUAUCCUAGUGGCCAUGCCCCGUGGCCGAAAGGCAGCCUCGAAAACUGCCGCAAGGGCCCUUCGCCUUCUCAUCUCGGACUUCGGUCUAUGCAAGAAGCUAGAAGACAAUCAAAGCUCUUUCCGAGCGACCACCGCCCACGCCGCUGGUACCUCUGGUUGGCGUGCUCCGGAGCUCCUUGUGGACGAUGACACUGGCCCUCUGAUCCAAAACAUCGAGUCGCAGCAUACCGAAACAUCCGAGCCAGCUGUGGUAGACCCGCAGACCAACCGCCGUGCUACUCGGGCCAUCGAUAUCUUCUCCCUUGGCUGUGUUUUUUACUACGUCCUUACUCGUGGUGGCCAUCCGUUCGACAAGAAUGGCAAGUUCAUGCGGGAGGCAAACAUUGUCAAGGGUUACUUCGAUCUCGAAGAACUAGAUCGUCUUGGCGACUAUGCCUUCGAAGCCAAGGAUCUGGUUAGCUCCAUGUUGUCACUUGAUCCACGCCAACGACCGGACGCAAGUGGUGUCCUCACACACCCAUUCUUCUGGCCAGCAUCCGACAGGCUAAGCUUCCUCUGUGAUGUCUCAGACCACUUCGAAUUCGAGUCCCGCGAGCCCCCAUCCGAAGCACUGCUCUGCCUCGAAUCCGUCGCGCAAGAAGUCAUCGGACCGGAAAUGGAUUUCCUCAAACUCCUCCCACGAGACUUUAAAGAUAACCUUGGCAAACAGCGCAAAUAUACGGGUUCCCGGAUACUCGAUCUGCUCCGCGCGCUGCGGAAUAAACGCAACCACUACAACGAUAUGCCGGACCAAUUGAAGAUGCAUAUCGGUGGGCUGCCGGAGGGGUAUUUGAAUUUCUGGACCGUCAGGUUUCCCAGUUUGUUGAUGUGUUGCCAUUGGGUUGUUGUUGAACUCGGGUUGACGGAUAUUGAUCGUUUCCACCGGUAUUUUUCAUCGCCGGAUGAGUAG